AUGCACGUUCCUAAGUCGCUACCGCUGAUGACAAGCCACCUACCAGAUUCUGAACUCCUUGGCUUCAAAGACCAAGGCAACCAUAACCAUGAUGGCGGAAAAGCCUUCAUUGAAAAAACUCAGACCAUCUCUAGACGCUCCUCGAAACACAUCCACGACUCGCGAGCGUUAACUACUAUGCGGCAAGGCCAGCUUACGCCUUGGAUUGUUCGAGUUGAAUUACUUGUACGAGAGACGGCUAAGAUGGCUUCAAAUCAUGUCGCAAUCACCCCAACACGGACAUCAACAACAAAAGCGCAAGUACGUGAUAGCAGCAAGUCGCCGUAG